UUGCCCUGGGGAGUUUUCUCAGUAGAGACAGCCAGAGGACCGUCAGGCUUUGGGGGUGUCAACCUACAUGGUCUGUCUUAUUCCUUGUCCCCUUAGUGUGGGUUUGAGCUGUUUCCUGGGCUCUGAAGGGUCCUUGCUGUGGCAGCCGUAGUAAAUAUGUGGAGAUGUGCAGGCUUGAAGGGAGUAGGUUCUCCUGUCUUGUCUGAAGAGAUAAAAAGCCAGCCCAACAGGGGAAGGGACUCCCCAGCCAAAGCCCAGAGCUGAGACUAGGCCACUGCUUGCUCAGAACCCUCUGUGGCCAGCUCUCAGGAAAAGCUAGCAGGGCUGCCCUGCUGGCGCACCCUCCAAUCUCAGCACUCAACACACAGAUCUCGGGACUCUGGCUGCUCUGAUGCUCUGUCACUUUCCUGCUCCCAUUACCUUUUGGUGUGAUCCUUGGAUCUGACUAAACUCUGAGGCUGAGCCCGGGGCCUCUUUCUCCACCCUUGCCUCGUCCCUGACCUCUUCCUCUUCGGCUUGUGGAGGAUGACCAUGCACUUCUGAUCCUCCUGCCUCCACCCUCCGGUCACUACCGGUGAAUGACUACCCAGCUACUUUGGUGGUUUAUAGAGUCCGGCCAACCGAUCUACUCGGAUUCGUGGGUCACUUCGAACUGGAGGUUGGACUAGACCUGUGGAAAUAAACGGGCGGAGAACAAAGAACGAGACCGACGCUAAGUAAAUGUAUCAAAGCGUGCUUUACUUGGGGUAGAGUGAGUUUUUAUAUCCAGGCACAAAGUGAAACCACAAUAUCUAAACAUAAUAUAUGCAUAACGUAAAUACAACCGCAGACGUGGAGACCGGGUGCUCAGCGGAAUCUUAUCGCAGUCAAUCUGUUUACAAUAAGCAAGUUCCUCAAACCGGAAGCUUAGCAGAAGCUAGCUGUAAGUCCUCUUUUGGAGGAGCUGCCGGAGGAGCUGCUGUGUUUGUGGGCACUGCGGGUGGCGGACCUCAGUCCCAGGCGGACAGUUCACUUUCGCUUUCAGAACUCAGAACGCAGGCAGCAUGAGGGGGAGGCAACAGUGGUUGGAUUAUCUGUCCAAGAGUCUGUAACAAGGGCUGGGUUUCUUCCCCAGCCCUCAAAACAAACAAGAUAUAGGACUGGUACAACUCGUGGCUGACGCUAACACGGAAACCUGUUUGCAGGAGCUGGGGAGCUGUGUGGAGGGAGUGCUUAAGCUCUCACUGCUCUUCCAGAGGACCCAUGUUUGAUUCCUAGACCCCACAUGGCACCCUACAAUCCAGAGGAUCUGAUGUGGCUUUCUGGUCUCCUCAGGCACCAGCCAUGCACAGGCCACCCAGAAGGCCCGGGCCACCAGGAGGAACCAGCUGGAUGUCCCCUAUGGAGAUGGCGUGGGGGAGAAAAUGGAUAUCUACUUUCCAGAUGAGGAUUCGCAGGGUGAGAUGGGCGGGGCCGGGGGGGUCCCCUGGAGGCAGCCGGGGGUCCGGCUCACCAGCGCCCCCUGCCGUGUUACAGCUUUCCCUCUCUUCCUGUUCUUGCAUGGAGGAUACUGGCAGAGUGGAAGUAAAGAUGAGUCCGCCUUCAUGGUAAACCCACUGACGGCACAGGGCAUCGCAGUGGUGGUGGUGGCUUAUGACAUUGCACCCAAAGGCACACUGGACCAGAUGGUGGACCAGGUGACCCACAGUGUUGUGUUCCUACAGAGGCGCUAUCCAAGCAAUAAGGGAGUCUACCUCUGUGGACACUCUGCAGGAGCUCACCUGGCCGCCAUGGUGCUCCUGGCCAGCUGGACCAAGCAUGGGGUCACACCCAACCUCCAAGGCUUUCUCCUGGUGAGUGGGAUCUAUGACCUGGAGCCCCUCAUAUCUACCUCCCAGAAUGACCCUCUGCACAUGACCCUGGAAGAUGCUCAGAGGAACAGUCCACAGCGACAGCUGGAAGUGGCUCCAGCACGGCCUGUGGCUCCAGCCUGUCCUGUGCUGGUGCUUGUGGGUCAGCAUGACUCGCCAGAGUUCCACCGCCAGUCCAAGGAGUUCUGUGAGACACUUUGCCGCGUGGGAUGGAAGGCCUCUUUCCAGCAGCUGCGUGGUGUGGAUCACUUUGACAUCAUAGAGAAUCUGACCCGAGAAGAUGACGUACUCACCCAGGUGGGGCUCCCCACUCCCGCCUCCAACAGUCUUUCUAAGUGGACAGCGUGGAUCCCACGCCCUAACAUGGCCGAGGCCAAGGCGGCAAGAGCAGAAGAGAAACGUUGGUGUGUACAUGCAAAAGCCAACGCCAGCUCCACAGAAGGGCAUGGAGCUUGGGUGUAUUAUUAUUGUUGUUGUUGAGACAGUGUCUCACUGUAUAGCCCAGGCUGGACUGGGACUAACAUAUAAAUCAGGCUGCCCUCAAAUUUUAGUGAUCCUUCUGCCUCAGUCUCCUGGGGCACUGAGAUUAGAGGUGUGUACAACUGUACCAGGCUUGUUACAACUUGGUCACAGAGAAUACCAUAAGCAAUUCAGAGAGGCCAGCAAGGUGGCUUACUGGGUAAAGAAAGGGACUUGCUGUCGUGCCAGAGGACCUGAGUUUGAUCCCCAGGACCCAGGUGGUGGAAGGAGAGAACCAACUCUUGUAAGUUGUCCUUUGACCUCCACAUGUGUGCCGUGGCGUGUGGGCAACACUAAAUAAAUAGUUCUCUU